AUGAUUCGACAAGAAGGACUCUCCCGCCUACGAUCCGCCACCAUCGAACCUGCCUCAUGGUCCGAUCAUGGCUCGGUCCAGGUGGACUUAGAGUCCCUGCUGUUUAAACCGGCAGCUUGGACGUGGCGCCUGAAUGAGGCCCUGCUCCAAGAUAUAGGGGUAAGAGAGGAAAUCACUCAGGCACUGGAAUCAUACUUUAGAGAGAACGAAACAGAUGAUAUAUCACCAAUAUCAGUAUGGGAAGCCCACAAGAGCGUCAUACGAAGCACUCUCAUGAGCAUCGCAACCCGUAAAAGGAAGGAAGCAACGCGAGCAAUGACAAAAAUAUAUAGCACCAUCUCACGCCUAGAACUCCAACACAAACGCACACAGUUAACUGAAACCUAUGGGGAACUAAUGGAAGCCAGACGACAACUGAAAAACCUCCUCACGCAGAGAUACCUCCGAUCGCUACAGAGAUCAAAAAACUUCUUCUACACCCAUGCGAACAAAGGAGGGAAGCUCCUAGCUCGCAUGUUAAAAGGCGACACGCCGUGCACACAAGUCCGAAAAGUUCGCUUAACUUCGGGCAGCACAUCCCAGUUUCCGGAAGAGAUAGCUGGAGAAUUUAGAAACUAUUACAACUCCCUAUACAAUCUCCGCCCACCAGAGGACACAGCCCAACAACGAAACUUAUUAGAACAAAUACAGACUAACCUACAAGACAACGUGCGGGCAAGGAUAAACCCGGAGGCCGCAUCCAUCCUCGACCAACCAAUUACAACGGAAGAUCUAGCCAUUAAAAAAAAUCUAGGCAUUAAAGAUGUAGGCAUUAAAAAACACGAAAACAGGGAAAGCACUUGGCCCGGACGGGUUCUCCACAGGUAA